UUUCUCUUCCGCGUUUCCGCGUUUCCGCGCGUCUAUGUAAUCGCACCCUGAGUCACAUGUCGGAGUAUUAUUCUAUCUUUGUUCAACUUUCCGCGAGUAACAAAGAGAUCGAAUGUGAUUCCCGAACGCAACCGGUGUUUAUAUAUAAGAUAUAUUAGACUCAUGUCUAUGAUAUAUAUGUUUGUUUUUAUACGAAAAAAUUAGGGAGUACGAUGAGUCUGAUUUAUUGCUUUAAAAAUGUUUGAUUAUUCAUUCCUGUCAGAACGACUUAAUUCAAACGUGUCAUAGUGCUUUAUUUGGAUUUACUUUUGGCUGAUAAUCAAGUAUCCGUGAAUUCUUUGAUUCAUUCUAUUUCUCAGUUGAUAGCAUUAAGGUUUAACCUUACCUUGUUCAAUUUAUAUCAGUCAAAUCGUAGGAGAAAAGCAAGAAAAAAAGUCUGAAUCAGCCUCAGCAAAAAAACGUUUCCACAUGUAUAUCACGUUGGACGACGAGGAGCUACGACGUUUCGUCGUGUGCGAAUUUUACGGCGUGGAAACAUGUUUCUGUUGGAACGAGGACAAGCUCGUCAGAUUCCCGUACACGGGGGAUUCGGUGGCACGGAACAUGAACGUCCUGACGACGCCGUAUCCUCUCAGGCAGGUCCGUUACUUCAACGAUCGAGUCUUCGUCAUAUGCAUUCCCCAGGGUGCCUACAAGCUGUCACGGACCGGCGAGUUCGCCCUCCUGAGCAAAAACGCUCUGGACAUGGGUAGCGAGUUUUGCCAGGUGGUAAUCGCCAAGAACGACGGCGUGUACCUGGACGACAAGCGGGUCAAAUCGUCCUCGUUGCUGUUUCCCGUUGCGUCAAACACGUCCGAAGAGGACAUCCGCACCUUUUCUUUAAUUCUGGAGGAUACCGAGACACAGUUCUUAAAUUGUUUCAUCGAUUCGGAAAGGAAGAGAAAUGUAUGCGUGAUCACACACGACAAAAGGUUGUUCGCGUUAAGCGAGGACAAUGUCGUGCAACUGAUCUAUACCUGCGAACGUGCCAUUGUAGAUAUUGUACCUGUAAGGAGACGAGGCAAGGUAGCGGCUCUUUUGCUUCUUAUAGAUGUAGACAUGGUGAUCUUGGUGCAUGGUGAAGAUUAUCUAGUCUUUGAGAAGAUACAUCUGGGAAAGCACAUGAUAAAUAUUUCCGCAUUCUGUGCCUGCUUCAAUACAGAAGUGGAAAACAUUUUGUGGAUAAUUUACUGCGAUCGAUUCAAGAUGUAUUAUAUGAGAAAGGAACUCUUCGUCGAUGAAAUUCAAGAGAUAAGAGUGGAAGAGAGGAAGUUUAGAUGUAUACAGUAUUACAAGCCAAAUAUAGUUUUAGGACUGUCGCAACAGAACGAAUUAGUUGAGCUUCCUCUUGACAAACUGGAAAAUUCUUUAUCGUUUAAUGCUGGUGUCAACCUUAAUAUCGAUAUGUUUCAAAAAACAGAUCUUAUUAUGGAGAGAAUUUAUGCAAAAGCAAAGGAAUUGAAUGUGCUUUACGAGAGCAAAAAAUAUGAACAAGAUAACUAUAGAAGAAUAAACCUGUAUGUUUCCAAAGAAAAACUUCAAGUAACUCCACACAUUGAAGUGUCCACACUGUGCAAUUAUCAUUACCUCGAAUUAAAUAUCACAGAGAAACUGCCUACAAACAGUUAUUUGGUAUUUACUAUUAUUUCUAUGAAUCAUAGCAUAUUUUGUAUGAAGAAAAUCACAGACGCAGUAUUUACUUUAAAAUUUCCUAUUAAUACAAAUAAAAUACUAUGUUCUUCCAAUAUCAACAUAGAUUUGAUUACAUGGAUGAAUGAACAACAACCGUGGUGUCUCAUACAAAAUUUUAUAAAUUCUUCACCGCAAGAUCUCAAAGGAAAAGAGACGAAGAAAGAUAAAACUGCCUUUAUAAAUGCAAAAAUUGCAUCAUUGCAAAAAUUAAUAGCAGACAAAGAUUUGAAUAUGACAAAAUUAAGCGAAAUAAAAAGAAUUAUACGAGCAGAAUUAUAAUUGUUUUUUAAUUAGAAAAGAUUUAGAGAAUUAUGUGAAAGAUUUUGUUUUUGUUAUAUAAAAUUUAAGAAAUAUCUUGUACUGAAUGUUGUUGUAUAUCAGAGAAAAAAUAGAGUAGUUAUUUAUUUUUAAACUAAAAUUGAAGUAGAAGAGUCUUACUUAACUCAUUACUCUAUGCUUGUGAUAUCUUAAACUUUCACAUUAAUGUGAUAUAAUGUGAUGAG